AUGGACGGCGAGGUGCUUGUGCGUGCCGUGCAGCAGCAGGCGGUGGCGCUGCUGGGCUGUCUCCCAGCCGGCGAGCCUGUUCACGACGGCCAUGUCGAGGCCGACAAGUUGGAGGAUCUGGUCUUCCGCCUUCUGAUCACGGGCACCCGGCCGAAGAUGUUCUCCUCGCCACAGGCCCAGGCCUGGGCUGCUCUCCGCUCCGCACUCGGCAGCAACGCUCAGCAACUUGAUCUUGUUGCCGCACUCGGGAGCGACGCCUCCACCCCGGCGGGCAAGGUCAGGGCCCUCGUUAGGGUCGCCCUCGUCGACAAGAGCCUGCCGGCAGCCAUUCGCGCUAUCGCCGCUCUCGUCCAAGAUGCAUACGCUCCUGACGCACCUAUGGCUUCCCCAGACCUGGCAGAGGCCGCUGCAAAGGCCCUCGACUCGGUCCUCCACGUCGACUUUUCGCUCUGUGUCAAGGAUGUCGCCUUUGAUCAGCUGCCGCAUCCCGACGUCCACCGCGAGGUCUCGGCCAUGCUCGGCCGUAUGGCGCUUGAAAAGAACGACGCUUCGCUCCGCUCUGCCACUGCAGACGUUUCUUCUGUCUCUACUGCGCCAGCCAGCGAACAUGAUGGACCCACUGUCUCCGCCGCCUCGCGCGGCCGCCGCCGCAAGAAGCGCAAGAAGAAGGCUGCAAAGGUUGCCGGCGUCGCUCAUAUCGACGCACCGGGCGCACCACCGGGGGAUCUUCCCGCGCCGUCACCGUUGCGGCCCACAGGCAUUGCUGGCUACCAGCGCAAGCUGGCGCUCGCCUCGCCCGGGGUCACGUCGUCGGACGACGCCGCCGUUGACGAGCUGUCGGACACAGAGCCCGACGUCGGUGAGCUGUCGGGUAGCGAGGUCAAGGCCGAGGCCGAGCCCGAGUCGGAGCCUGAGCCCGAGCCCGAGCCCGAGCCCGAACCCACAGCAAGUCCAUCGUCGCCCGUGCCGUCACCACCGAUCUCGCCGAUCGGCGCGCCCGCCGUCGGGCAUUUCGACUCGCCAACCGGCUCCACCAGUCGCGGCGGCUCUCCAUGGCUGCCGGCUGAUGUCGACCCUUGGGCGCUGGCCUCAGAGCAGCUGGAUGAAAACCACCCAGACAAUGUCAAGACGCACAACCUCAUCACGACCGCGCCCGACGACCGCAGCCCGUCGCCGCCGCUGGGGCGGCCGAGCACCAGCCCGUCGGCCGUCGCCACUUCGCCCUUCCUUGCCCUGCCGAAGGGCACGUCACCGAUAGGGCGGACCAUCGGCAACGGGACAAAGGACACUGCUGCUGAGGAUAGUGCUGGCAGCACGGCUGUCGCCGCCUCGCCGCUGCUCCCGUUCUCGGCCAUUGUCCGCAAGAAUCUCGAGCAGUCACAGUCAGACUCGGGCCCGCAGUUUAAGUUUCGCAUUGGCGACCCUGCUCCGUCGACGGCUGCCAAGCUGCCGCGCGAACUCCCUCCCUCAGUCUCGGGCUUGCAGUCGUCGCUUCGCAACCAGGUCAUCGCCGCGGCAGCAACCGGCGAUGAAAGCGGUAGCAGCAGUCUGCGUCUGCCCGACGACGGUGCGGCGUCGCAGUCUGCUUACGCGGCGUCCAAGCCGAUCACUCAGCAGUUCCUUUCGAUCGGCGGGCGAGGAGCGGCCGAGGCACUCGGUGCGCCGGCGACGGCGUCGCGGCGUGAAGCCCUUCUCACCACUCUGCUCUCGACUACUGCGGCAACACCGACAACCGCGUACCGCCAGCGAAGCCGGUCGCGGCGGCUGAGUAGGAGCGCGAGCGAGGCCGCCUCCUAUCAGCAGUCGGAUCCGAUGACUCACGCCGAUGUGCUGGCGGCCUCGUUUGCCAAGGUCUUCCCUGUCGGCUCGCGAAACGGGUCGUCGGCGCCGGCGCCGGAGCUCAACCUUGCGCUGCUCAUGUAUGAUCGCUGCGCAGGGUUGGCAAGCGUUCGGCCGGUCGCGUCGUCGCUACCGCUAACUGCGUACCCGUGGGAGAGCGCAUCCGUCCCGGCCCCAGCGUCGGUGUUCUCGGCUGGCGCCGGUGGAGGCUUCUCGUCCCACGAUUUGUACUCGUCGACUACGUUUGGCAGCUCGCCUGCGGCUGCACCGUGGCGCGAGCCGAGCAGGACCAGGGCCGACUCGCUGGCGUCGGUGGAAAGUGGUGCCGGCAUCGUGGUGAACCCGAACAGUGGCGGUCUGUCGCCGAUGUCGGACUGGGGCUAUGUUGACGACGCCGCCAUGUACCCGCCGCGCAAGGUGUUGUUCUUUAGCGAGAGCGGGCGGGCGCUCCCCGACUCGGUGGCAGCGCAGGGCGGGCGGUGCUAUGGGUGCGGUGUGCCGAUCGUGCUCGGCGGGCGAGAGUGCGCCUACUUUCUCAAGUACUUUUGCGGCUCGUGCCACACCGGCGCCGACGAGCUGGUCAUUCCGGCGCGACUGUUGUCGUCGUGGGACUCGGAACCAUACCCAGUCUCACAGCCUGCGGCGCAGUUUAUGCGGGAGAUUGCCUGCGAGCCGGUUUUCAAGAUCUCAGUCCUCAAUCCGAGUCUCUACGCGCGGGUGCCCGCGCUCGCGGCCGCGCACAAGGUCCGCAAGCGGCUGGCCCACCUCAAGGCGUUCGCCAUGACUUGCCGGGAGCGUCCGGGGCUGUUGGCUUUGUUUGGCCAGCGGCAACACCACCUCGACAACAUCCACUUUUACUCGCUCGACGACCUGCUGCACGUCGAUGAUCUGGUGUCGGACCUGGUCUCGUGGGCAGAGCAUCUCGAGGCGCAUGUGUAUGGGUGCGAGCGUUGCCGGUGGAAGGGUCAUAUUUGCGGCAUGUGCAACGCCAAUGAGGCCAUCUAUCCGUUCCAGAACACAACUGUGGCGUGCGAGACGUGCGGCUCGUGCUACCAUGUGCGAUGCUUUGACCAGCGGCGCGACGCGUGCCCGCGGUGCGAGCGGCGGCGGAGCCGCGCCGCAUCGUCGGCGACCCAAGAGGUGUCGACCUCGUCAGGCUAG